CGCAGCCGCCGCAGCAGCAGCAGCCGCCGCCCCAGGCCCCCCCCAUGGAGCCCGAGGCCCCGGAUUCCCGUAAGAGGCCCCUCGAAACGCCCCCCGAGGUGGUCUGCACCAAGCGCAGCAACACGGGAGAGGAAGGCGAAUACUUCCUGAAGGUGCUGAUCCCCAGCUACGCAGCAGGCUCCAUCAUUGGCAAGGGCGGGCAGACCAUCGUGCAGCUGCAGAAGGAGACAGGAGCCACCAUCAAGCUCUCCAAGUCCAAAGACUUCUAUCCCGGAACCACAGAGCGAGUAUGCCUGGUACAGGGCACAGCAGAGGCCUUGAAUGCUGUGCACAGUUUUAUUGCUGAGAAGGUCCGAGAAAUCCCACAAGCAAUGACCAAGCCUGAAGUGGUCAACAUCCUUCAACCCCAAACCACAAUGAACCCUGACAGAGCCAAGCAGGCCAAGCUGAUCGUCCCCAACAGCACAGCAGGCCUGAUCAUCGGCAAGGGUGGCGCAACAGUGAAGGCCGUGAUGGAACAGUCUGGAGCCUGGGUGCAGCUGUCCCAGAAGCCAGAGGGCAUCAACCUGCAGGAGCGUGUGGUGACAGUCAGCGGGGAACCCGAGCAGGUGCACAAGGCCGUGAGCGCCAUCGUGCAGAAGGUACAGGAAGACCCCCAGAGCAGCAGCUGCCUCAACAUCAGCUAUGCCAACGUGGCCGGCCCCGUGGCCAACUCCAACCCCACCGGCUCGCCGUACGCCAGCCCUGCGGACGUGCUGCCUGCUGCCGCCGCCGCCUCAGCUGCCGCCGCCUCUGGCCUCUUGGGUCCUGCAGGGUUGGCCGGUGUGGGUGCCUUUCCCGCUGCCCUGCCCGCCUUCUCGGGCACCGACCUGCUGGCCAUCAGCACGGCGCUUAACACGCUGGCCAGUUAUGGCUACAACACCAACUCCCUCGGCCUGGGCCUCAACUCGGCCGCAGCCUCCGGGGUCCUGGCUGCUGUGGCCGCCGGUGCAAACCCUGCUGCAGCCGCUGCUGCCAACCUCCUGGCUUCCUACGCGGGUGAGGCAGGGGCCGGGCCUGCCGGAGGGGCCGCCCCACCUCCGCCCCCUCCCCCCGGAGCCCUGGGGUCCUUUGCAUUGGCCGCGGCUGCCAACGGCUACCUCGGGGCCGGGGCAGGUGGCGGGGCAGGCGGAGGGGGUGGCCCGCUGGUGGCCGCGGCAGCUGCGGCAGGGGCCGCUGGGGGCUUCCUGACGGCAGAAAAGUUGGCAGCUGAGAGUGCCAAGGAGCUGGUGGAGAUUGCGGUGCCUGAGAACCUGGUGGGAGCCAUCCUGGGCAAGGGGGGCAAGACGUUGGUGGAGUACCAGGAGCUGACAGGCGCCCGCAUCCAGAUCUCCAAGAAGGGCGAGUUCCUGCCAGGCACGCGGAACCGGCGGGUCACCAUCACGGGCAGCCCCGCGGCCACGCAAGCCGCUCAAUACCUCAUCAGCCAGCGGGUCACCUACGAGCAGGGAGUGAGGGCCUCAAACCCCCAGAAAGUGGGAUGAGGCCUGUGGUGUAUGCUCCCACCCUCCUCCCUGUCCCUCCUCCCCCUCCGCCCCCCUCCCCCCCCCAACUCCUGACCUCAGCUCGGUGUAGUCCUCCUGGGAUGGGGCUGGGGUAGGCCUGACUGCACCCGCCCCCUACUGGUAGUCAUAGGCAGGAUUGAGUGAUGGCUGGGGAUGGGCCCAGAAGCUCCCUCCCCAGCCCUGAACUGACCCCUUCUUCCCUCCUCCCUAUGCUUGACUGGGCCUGACCCUCCUCUUCCAGGGCCCAGGUCUGUGUGAUAUCUGUAUAUAUUGCAUUUUGUUGAUUUUAAUAGAAAACAAAGCGUUAUUUUCUCUUUCUUUCCCUCCUUUUUUUUUUCCUUUUUCUUUUCUUUCCUUUUUUUUUUUCCUUUUGUCUUUGGUAAGGAUUUUUCCCCCUUCAUAAAUUUUUGUUUCAGUAUGGGAGGGGAGGGAGCCUCUGGGUCACCUAGAAUGAGGGGCCUCCCCAAACAACACCUCUCCUGCUUUCAGUUCCAGAUCUGAGGCAAGUGACGGGAGUAGAGGCAGCAGAGGUGUCUGAGCCAAAAUGAGGCAUCUGGAGUGGGAACCCCGGAGUUCCCAGAUUUUUUCAGCUACUCACCCCCCACCGGGGUUGCCCCUCCUAGAUGGGACGUUUCUCUUUGUUUGUUGUCAGGUUAUAUCUGGGGUGGGAUGCUGCUGGGAAGGAGACCAGCUCUGGGAUUGCGCCAGCCCCAUGGGCAAGACUGGCAAGACUUGUGAGAGGCUGGACAGCUUCCUGUAGCAUCCCUGUGGCUUUUCCUAGAGUAAUGGGAAUGAUGUGAUGUCACAGGAAGUAGCUCCCCAGGGGUCACUUCCUGUAAUGAUAGGAAAGACAGGUACUUCCUCUGAUGUCUCACUGAGCCUUCCUUGAGGGUUAUUUCAGUGACAUCAUGGGGGCAGGUACUUCCUGUAGUAUCUCCGGGCUCUUUCCUGUGAUAUCACUGGGAUGAAGCAUGUACUUCCUGUAUUGGGCCAUGGUCACUGACCUUCCUUCUCCAUCCACAUCCCUCUAUGGUGAGUCUUGGCCAGGAGGUCUUCCUAGGAGGAGAAUGAGGAGUGGGACUUGGAUCAAUCUGGAGGACUCUAAGGAAAAGGACCCAGUAUUGUCAGGGUCAUCUCCAUCCAAACACACCAAGUCUGUAACUCAACCUGGCAGGGAAGGGUGUGGGUGAUGGAGCUAGUGAAAAUUGUUAAAGACCCCUCAUUCCCACCCCACCUUUUUGUGUGCAUGCUUGUGUCUGCGUGGCUUUGUUUCAUUGAGUCCGGUGAGCCAAAUGUGUUAUGGCUCUGUCAGGCCCUUAUGGCCCAGUGUAGAGGUCAGAGAGCCGUGGUAGGAUCCCUUGAGCCGGAUGCUUCUAAUGGUCUAAUUGCUUGUGGUUUCCAGCAAGCUGGAGUACUUCAGCAGCAUCUGAUGGGUCAGAAUGUCUUGGUGCUCUCACCAGGGGCUCCAAGGAGCUAGAAUGUUCUGAUGGAGUCUGCCCAGUCAGGCAGCCCUAAGAGCUGGUUGGUCAGCUCCAAGGCCUUGUUGGCAAGCUGAGAUUGCAGUUCCUGACGACCUUAUGGACUUGGGAUAGCUGAGACCUGCCUCUUCCCCUGUCUGUCUCCCCUCCCCCUUGAAGACCACCUCCGCUUCCUCCAACUCUAAGCAGGGCCCUAGCGCCCUGAUUCCAUCAUCAGCAUCUCUGGGGGAGGGGCAUCCCAUGCCCACCCCUCUCCCCCAUUUGUUCCCCUCCUAGGUCUUCCAGACCCUUUUCUCCAUGGCUUUGGGGGAAUCCGGCCUGCUCUCUCCUUCUCUCCCAAAAAAAGAAGGGAAGAAAAGCCAGAGACAAUUCCCACCCCUAAAGCCUAAGAGACCCCUGCCCCUUGCUAGAGAGCCACCCCCAAAUCAAAAUGUGAAAAAUCCCUAGAAAGCAAUAGCCUUCAAGGUACCUUGCACUGAAUCUCCCACCCCAGACCUUCCACCUGUCGGGAGGCUGUAGCUUGGGCACUAGGGUGACGUUUUCCAUGCCCUCUUCAUCUCCAGGGUGGCCCCAUUUCUCCAUCCCCUACUUCCCAUUGCUGCUUCCCCUGCCCCUAAUCUCCAGACUGAACCCAGAUGGAGAUCUGAGUGCCAAAACAAUUCUUGAUGUAACUUUGUACAUAUCUUCUGCAGUUGGUGGAGGUGGCCCUGUGGGUCACUUCCUUCCGCCUCUCAAAAGACCUUACAGUAUUUCACAGUAUCUCCACCUACAUGUGGAUAUUGCAGUAUCUAGCCAGCAUAUCCCCCCUACAACUCUCCAGGCCCCCAUAAGGAAAGGAAGGAGCCAGGGAAAAGUAAAGUAAGGUCUGGGAGUGGAGGGGUGGGAUUUGAAGGCACUCAUUUACGUAUCAUUUGCAUCCUCAGCAGCCCUUGUCAGAUGCUUUCUGCAGACCCAUUCCUGGAAGCCUGGGUCCCAGUCAGCGGGGUCCAGUACUCUUCUCGCACAGACACAUCUCCGGAGGCUGGGCCUCCUGAAAAGUGUUCCCUUGGGGUAUCUGUGUCACACUCCCUCCCUAUUCACAUUUCUUGGGGACCCUCUACCCCGCCAGCCAGGGCUAUCUGAAAGAUAGUUUGCUAGCUAAGUGAGCUAGUUCACUCCCGUUGGUGAGUGGAGAGCCACACACCUUUCCCCAUUUUACCCUAGGACCCCCACUCUACCAUCUUCCCCAUCCUUUGAAAGUUCCUUCUGCAAUCUGACCUCAAUCCUUUGUGCUGCAGUUUGUCCAGAGGGGACACAGAUGUGGGGUCAGGGAUGGAGACCAUUGAAAAACUCAUUGCCUCUUUUUCUCCCCUCUUCCCUCUUAGCCAGUCAGAUCUCAGAGACUGAGUGGCCUCCUUGCACCCUGCUCUUCAGCACCCACUAGGUGCUUAGUAAGUGUUUGCUGCAUUAAACUGUCUCGCUGUUCCUUCCCAUUUGCCCUCCAGCUCCCAACACCUUCCCCCAGUGUCUCCCUCUUUCUGUGGCUCCCUAUGGCUUCCUACUUUCUCUCCCUGUGGCUUCCAGUGUCACCUGUCCUGUCUCUAUCUUUGUCUGUGUCUGUCUGUCCCUCUCUCCUCAACUCUCUCCCCUCUCCCAUUUCCCCAUUGAUUAAAAAAAAGUGCCAAACUUCCUUGGAACUGAGCCGCUCUGGGGGGAGGGAACCUCAGAUAGAGGGGAGGAAAUGGGACUGUCUCUCUCUGAGGAGGCCCCUAAGAGGCAUUGAAAAAGUCUGUGGACACUUUGCUAAAUUGGGUCCCCCUUCCUCACCCCUCCAGCCCUGAGUUUUUCUUAGAAUCUUUGUAAGAAACAAGAAAAAGAAAAAAAAAACACCCCUUCAGCUAACCCGUAACCUUUUGAAUCCCCCCCAGAUUCCACCAGCCGGGGAGAACCCCACUUGCCUCCUUCGGGCAAAUCUGUAGACACUGAAGAGAGAGAGAGAGAAAAACCCAAACCCUCUUCUGCUGGCCCGAAGGAUGGUGCUAGCUGGAUUCAGGAGAAGGACCUCAAAGCACUUACGAGAAGAAGGGGUUCAAUGUGCCAAAUUCACCUCCUCCAUCCCCCUCUUCGGGGGGCUCUGAGCCAACCUGCCCCAGCCACCUUCCUCUGCCCGGUCCUAGCCAUCUCUAUCUUGGGCAAAGAGGCUUCGCUGCAAUAAUUAUUAAGGGAUAGUCGGCAAAGACCGUGCCGUCUUCAUCUGCCCUAACGCCUGCCCUGGACUUGAAGGUGGGAAUUAAUGAGUAUCCCAAAUGGAGUUUGGUUAAGAGUAGAUUUAUAGACGGUUGGGGACCUAUACUUGGAAGAAUACGGUACCGCUUUUCAUAGUGGUAUUUCAUCUCCCCUUCUUAACCCGCAAAUCCCCGAUUACCCCGGUGUUCUGUUUCUCAUUCCUCCAUCCCACACCCUCCUUAUAUGGUUUCUGAAUGGUAGCGUACUGUUUGGAAAGUAAGAGGAUUCCCGAGUUUGGUCAUUGCUGUUCCAAGACCAGAAUUAGAGGUGAUAGACUGAGCCUUGGAAAAAGUAUUAACCAAGAGUGGCGAUGAGCAAGGCAGUUGGGGCGUCCAGAGUGCUGCUGGCCGCAGGCCUAUCGCGACAGCCAGGCAGGCCUUCGCUGUUAGCCACGCACCUGCCCGCCCGUCCGGAGGCCCGAGGCCGGCCGCCGCGAAAGCCUGAACUGGGUGUCGCGACGGGGAGAACGGGAUCGCGGUGCCCAAGUUCGGGCACUGCGGGCCGGGGACGCUGGCGUGGGGGCUCUCGUGGAGUCGCGCCAGCCAGGGCAGCCCUCGCGAUCCCUCCGCGCUGCAGGCAGCUGUCUGGACGGCCCGGGGGAUUGGGCUUCGCUCCGCGGCGCCGCUGCUGGUGUGCGUGGUCGGCCCUCGGUGCCCUCCGCCAGGCGCGUUGGGGUUCGCUGGAUGGCGGGGAGGGACGGGGGAAGUCUGCGGCGGUGGGGGUGGUGAAGGCUGCUGGUGUUCACCCCCUUCUCAGCCAGUCCAGGACACUUGGCUCCCAGAGAUGAUGCGGGGCGGGGGGCCGCCCAAUCCGCCUCCCCUCCCCUCUUCUCUCCCUUACCCCACUCCCAAAACCACCAACCUCUCAUCUUCUAAGUGACUCCAUCACCACCGGCCACCGGGACCUGCGGCCUCAUUGCUCCAGCCCGCCCCACUCGACCGCCAGGCUCGCCCAUCGAACUCCGAUUAACCCUUUGUGUUCAUCCCACGGAAAACUGUGUGUCCGGCGGCGGGGAGGCGGGGAGGCGAGAGGCAUAGCUACCUUUCCUCCCUCUCCUCCCACCGCCCACGCCUCCCCACCCCAUCCCAUGCCCCCGCAUCCCUCACCCCUAGGGUCCUCCCCGCCCUGGGGAUGGAGACCCUAUAAAUACCUAUGCUGUUCGGCUUUAUCCCUUUCAAAGGUGGGGCCGGGGGCGUGGCCUCCUUCCAGUGGAGUGCUCACUCUGGCCCCCCCUUUCUGUGCCCCCCCUCAACUCCCCACCCUUUCAUUGUAAAUAGUCACUUUUGUACUGGGUUUGAGCCAGGGGAUGUGGGGAGUCAUUUUUUUUCUUUGUGUUGGCAUCUCAGGCCACUGGAGGCAUGGCUCACAUCCUGGUUUGAUUUGGGAGAAGCCCAAGAUUUUUGUUGUUGUCCCCUCCCCUGCCCACCAGUGCUAAGGAUUUCAAGGUGUCAGUAUUAUCCCUAGAGGGAUGGGCAGGGUGGUGGAGGGCGGGUGGAAAGGUGUCCGAUGGGAUGACUUCAGCUUCCUCCACCUACGAAGUGGUUUCGUCCUCCCAAGCCCUGAGGAGCCUCAGUGAGAUAAUGGCGUCAAAAGAGAAUCUCUUCCCGCUUUUCUCUGUCUGGGACAGAUAGGGUAGAAGGAUGGGUUGGGGGUAUGGCUGUCUUCAGAGAACUGAUUGCUAGAUCCUUAUUAGGACCUUAAGCUAGCCUCUCCCAGGCUUGUUCUCUCCCUUGGAAAACGGGACUGGAGGACCUGUAAGGUCCCACGGGUGUCCCCAAUCCUCAGAUCAAAGGCCUGAGCCCAGGGCUGGCCCCGUGCCUGCUGCCCGACCCCCACAUUCCAUUUCUUGGGCCCAGACUAUCCACCAUGUGGCCAUGCCUCCAGUGCCUCCAUUCAAUCCCUCUAACUGAUUCCUUCCAUCCUCUAGACCAGAGACGCCGCCCACCUCCUCCCCACCACCCCCAGAAGCUCCUGGCUGGGGCCCACUGCCCUCUCCUCUCCCCCUCCCUGCAUUGCCAUGCCUGGGCCACGCCCACCCACCCCUCCCCACCCCAGUGUCCGUCGUGUGACCUAGUGCACCAUGUAUUAGCUUCCAUGGCCCCUACCCCGGCCCCCACCACACCCCCUUUCCCCCGCCUUCUCCUUCGGCGAUUUCACCUUUUUUUGCCGCGAUAAACGCCAUCUCAGCAUCUGUGUCUAAUGUUGUCUUUUUUGCUUGACAUCACACACUCCUUAACCCAUCCCCUUCCCUCUCCCUCCUCCCCGCACCUCCACCUUCAUCCUAGAUUCUUUCCCCCUCUCCCCUGGGGCUCUGGGCAUCUAGGGGAGGCGGGGAGACCCCUGAGGAUGGCCCAGGAGAGGGAAGGGGGGGGGUGAAUUGUUCUCUGGACUGGGUGAGCACCCAAAGCAAGUGUGUCUGAGGGGAGCAGGAGUCCCAGGUUUAGCUUCUAGGGCCUUAGUGUCCACUCAGGAGGGUGGAUACCGCCACCACUAUGCCACUUGCCGCCACCCACACGGCACCACAAUCCAGAAACAAUCCAGAAACGCUCCUGGACACACAUCCCCACACACAGCACUGUAAAUGCACAACCCCAAGCAAAAUCAGGAUAGCCUAGGGUUAAAGCUUUGGAGUCAAAGGGGAGGUCCGGGUUCAGGUCCCAGUGUCUCUAUGUAACCCCAGGACUUCAGCCCUCUGAGCCUCCAUCUCCCUAUCUGGAAAAUGGAGAUGUUUUUAAUGUUACUUCUAUGGUUUACACUAGGGUUCAAUACACCAUUCACUUUUUUUUAAUUACUGAAGACCUACUAUGCGUAAGGCACCCUUCUAGAGGCUGGGGAUAAAGCAGUUAACAAAAAAGACCCAAACAUCUCUGCCUUCACUGAGCAUACGUUCUACAGGGAUCUGGAAAUUCUUCCUCGGCACCUGGGACUAAAAACCAAUUCAAAGGUUGCAAACCGUCAGCCAGCGGGCACAUGUGGUGCAUAACGUAAUCUCAUUUGGCCUGAACAGUGUUUUAUGUGAAUUUGGGGUCAGCAUUUGUGCUUGGGAGACCUCUGAAAAUGUGGGUUUCCAGUCCUCAAGAAAUCGGAUAUGCAUCUGUGGGUGGUGAUUGCCAUCUGACCCUCAUUGGCUGGAAUAUGGCAGUUCCUGCCCAUCAGCCAUUUGUGUUACAUGCCUGACCCCUGGACACAUUUGAGUUUACAACCCGUGCGGUAAAUGUUUGAUAGGAAUGUCUUUCCUCUCUCUGGGUCUCAGUCUUCACAUCUGGAGAAUACCCUACAAUGCUGUACUUACCUUCUGAAAUAUUCCAGAAAGAUUCCACAAGUGAAUCACCCCACCAGUGACACAGAGUUGAUGCUUGGUAUGUAGUGGUCACUGGAGAGACCCCUUCAGCUGAAAAAUAACAGUAACAUGAUCCUAGAGAAGGACAGAAACCAAGCGAAGGGGACAGGAGGAAAAAGGAGACUGAGGCUAGGACAAAGCCAAAAAGAGACAGCAAUGGGGAUGAAGGGCAGACAUGGAGAGGAGCUUCAAGUGCUUGGGGUGUGUGUUUUCAUUCAUUCACUCACUCAUGCAGUCAAGAAACACUUUUUCAGCACUUGCUAUGUUCUCAGGCCUAGGAACGUGUCAACAACCAUGGGAUUGUUUCUCAUGUUUGCUGUCCACAAGCCAUGUCCCCAACUCUCAGCACACAGUAGGUGUACAAAAGCCUCCCAUCCUGUGUGCUACAGGCAUUUAUGGUCCUGGCUUAUGGUAUUCAGAAAUAUCACCAAGCCAGGCCGUUUUCAGGAAAAGAAGGAGAAUUUUCCACCAGGAAGCUGGGAACUUGGGAAGGAUCCAGGGGAGAAGGGAGAGUUUAGCCUCUCUUCUGCUGUGUGACUUUGGGAAACUCUCAUGACCUCUCUGGCCCAGGAGAUGGAAAGGAAGGGAGAUGAGGU